ACCUCUACUUUCCGUGUUCUCUUUCAGCAAGUCGCGAUGGGUGACUCGUCGGUGCCAAGUGACAAGUUGGGCGAUUCUCCGGCGGUUGAGUUAACGGGCAAGAUCAUGGUGGUGGCCGUAAUAGUGUUGUUCAUGGUGGUUGUGUUCGUGCUGUUCCUCCAUCUCUACGCCAAAUGGUUCUGGUGGAGCAUUGGAGAGAGCAACAUUCCCCAACCCAGAAGGCGGCGGCGGCGCUUUGUGUUUGCUCCUGGUCAAGACCCGGCCAGCUCCGGCGGUGUCCGAAGAGGCCUUGAGCCUUCUGUGCUGAGAUCCCUGCCGGUGUUGGUUUUCCAGCCGCAAGAUUUCAAGGAAGGAAUGGAAUGUGCGGUUUGCCUUUCGGAGGUUGAAGAGGGGGAAAAGGCGAGGCUGUUACCAAAGUGCAAUCAUGGCUUCCACGUGGAUUGCAUUGAUAUGUGGUUCCAAUCCCAUUCCACUUGCCCCCUCUGCAGAAACCCUGUGACCUCUGCCACCGAAUCUUCUUCUGAUGCAGCUUUCCCCACAAAUGUCUUCGUUUGGGGGAACCAGGCCCAAGUGAGUUCUUCUUUGGAAGAAACUACUACUUCUUCGUCCUCGUCAUCUUCAGCUAGCAGCAGUGACAGAGUUCAUCAUCAUGGCGGUGGAUCGUUGGUGAUUGAUAUACCAAGCGAGAUCACUUCAUCUUCUGCAAGCAGGUUUGCAGAAGAAGAUGAGAUGAAAUCUCCCAUUACAGGGAGACUGAAAUCAUUGAAGAGGCUGUUAAGCAGGGACAGGAGGAUGAAUCCUUCUAGUCCACGUUCUAUAGACCUUGAACAUGCAACGGGAUCAGGGCAGAGCUCUAGUUAGCUAGGAAUUUUCAGGGAUGUUCGUUCGUUCUUUCUUUCUUUCAUUUUUAUGUACAUGGUGGAAAAAUUUGUUUUUAUAUUGUAAAAACUAUAAGUAACAUUAGAGUAGAUUAGUAGGCUCAUAAAUGACCUACUUUCAUGAACUCAAUUGUAUUUCUUUUCUAUCUUGAAUUUCUUUAGCCUUUAGGAAACCCCUUUCAGCCAUCAAAAUUGUCUGAAACAUUUACAGCUUCUUUGCAGAGCAAGACUGUUAUUUGGAUUGAUGAAUGCUUCUACGAAUAUGAAUACGAAUACAAAUUCAAAUUAAUGACAAAAUAGACAUUUCAUUC